UUGCUCGGUCCUCGGCUGGCAGCCCUGCGCACGCCGCCCAUCCCGCUCCCUGAAAUCCGGCACCGCCGUCAUGUCGACCGCCAUGAACUUCGGGGCCAAGAGCUUCCAGCCGCGGCCACCGGACAAGGGAAGCUUCCCUCUGGAUCACUUUGGCGAAUGUAAAAGCUUUAAAGAGAAAUUCAUGAAGUGUCUCCGUGACAAUCAUUUUGAAAAUGCUUUGUGCAGAAAUGAAUCAAAAGAAUAUUUAGAGUGCAGGAUGGAAAGGCAGCUGAUGGCACAGGAACCAUUGGAAAAACUUGGAUUUGGUGACUUGAUAGAUGGAAAAUCAGAGGCAAAAAAUAAAUCUUAAUGAGAAGAUGACCAGUGGGCUGCGUCCAAGAGGCGCUCUGAGGGUCCCAGGAGGCUCCUGGUAGAGACGACCUGCGGAAUGCCACCCUCACGCUGCAGUGCUCUGGGUAGCGCUCCUUACUGAUGCGCCAAGUGUGCAGAUUCCAGUCCCUGACACACACAUUCUGUCCGGAAAUGACUUCCUUGGCAAGGCAUUGCCCUGUUUUGUGCUCCUGCACAGGCAUGCCAGUGCAUCUCCUUUUUUUCCCCCAAUAAAACUAGAAUAUAAAAUAGGAAGUGAGAAAUAAUUUGGCUUUUUGACAUAUUUGGCUUCUUGAUUUUUUUGUUUAUACCUUGCACCAAGUAUCUUCAUAACCAAAGUUUUGUUUUCUAGUUAGUAUUAGGGUAUAUUAAAAACUAGACAUUUAAUUUCAGUAACUUAUUGUACUGCUGAAGAAUAAAAUAUCAAUCCAUUUGUAGUGAGACUAUAAAUAAUAAAAUAUCUCAUUUCAUUUGUA